AUGCUUCAGAAGAAGCCUCAAAGAGUUGCUCUUUUGUUUGAAGAUGAGGGUGAUGAUGAAGAUAAAGGAUCCCUCUUUGGCAUCAAACCUGCUGUCAACACAAACACUGCAGCCCCAGCUACUAAAUCAUCCUCCCUGUUUGAGAAACCAGAGGAGGUUGUAGUAUCUAGAACAGCAGCAGAGGACAAGUCUUCAGAGCAGGAGAAGCCAGCAGCAAAGACUCCUGUGCCGCUCCCAUCAGCGACCUCGCCAGACAUCAGCGAAAGUAAAAAGAAGCCUGCCGGAGCAGUCAGCCUUUUUGGAGGCAUCAAUGUUCUUGCCAACAAGGAGACAAAGAGCCCGUUGGAUGAAACUGGCAAUGACGACAGCCCACCACCAAAUGUCAAGAAGGAGGAGAAGAAGGACGACAAAGUCAAAACAAACACUGUUAGUCUGUUUGAUGAUGAGGAGGAAGAUGAAUCAGACUGGAGUGAUCCGAUAUUCACCCCCAGUAAACCUGCAGCAAGCAAUGCGGUAAAGACUUCAGAGGAGCGACCACAGGCAAAGAGCACAGGUGUUUUCCAGGACGAGGAGCUGCUGUUCAGUCAGACGCAGCAGAAGGACAAUGACCCGGAUGUUGAUCUGUUUGCCACCUCAGGGAAAGCUGCGAGCUCCAAGCUCAGCUCAGCGAAGCCAGCAUCACAAAGUCUGUUCGCAGAUGACGACGAGGAUGACCUCUUCAGCUCUGUCAAGCCAAAAGCUCCUCCUCCGAAAGUAGCAGAGAAGCCCAGUAAACCCACUGACAAAGCACCUCUAGCAAGUCCAGAACCUGUAUCAGAGAUUCAGAAACCUGCACCAAGCCCUGUAAAACCUAAAGAUUCCUCAUCAAGGAUUGGGAAACUUCAAGCCAAUCUGAUGAUCAACCCUGCCGCGUUGCUCCCUGGAGCUGCCCCCAGUAUGCCAGGGACCAUAAGUGUACUCCCUGGCAUGGCCCCUAGUUCCUCUUCUGGGGUGUCCAGCUCCAGUCUGAGCCCCAGCCCCGUCACGACUCCUGUAGGAUCCCAGGAAGGAGUGAGCUUUGACUCCCCAGUUCAGGUUACGACACUGCAGAGUGCACACAAGAGUCGUGCCAAAGGUUCUGUACAACGGAGACCCCAGUCCAGAGCAGCGAGGCAGCAAGCAGCCCAAAGAUCUGUGAAGGACAGAGAUGAGACCACGGGUGGAGAUGAUACUGGGCCAAACCCCAGUCUGUCUGGUUCAGUCUUACCUCCACCAGGGAAGCCCAGCAAGACGAGUCCCAGUCCGACACUAACUAACUCAGCUGCACCUGCAACCCUGCCCGCCUCCUCACCCUCUCAAUCCUCUCUCCCUGAAAGCACCCCCAGACCCUCUGUACUGACACUGCCAGUAUCCACAGAUGCUGUAAAGAAAGACUCUAGUAAAAGUAACAGCAGCAGUACCAAGGUGCUGCUGUCUCCUGAUGAGGAUGACCUUUUUGGCUCCGACAGUCUGUUCGGGGUUACCUCAGUCACUAAAACAGCCUCCACCAGACAAACUACCAAGACUGCACAAGCUCAGGCCAGUAGUGGGGUGGGACUGAAGAAAGACAAAAGCACUCUCCCAUCCAUCUUUGAUGAUAACACUGAUGACCUUUUCCAAAAGGUCAAACCAAGGGCAACUACUAAGAAAGCCAAGCCCUCAACGUUUUUGGAAGACGAUGACGAUGAUGAGGACAUCUUUGGAGUGAGCAACAGCUCCACUCCCACAUCCACAAGUAGUAAAGAAAUUGGCAGUAGUUUUUCAAAGCAGGACAUCUUCCAGGAUGAAGUAGCCGCUGUGCCUAAAGUUCACAAGAAGCACAAAGAGAAGACCCUUGAUGCCAGCUUGUUCGAUGACAACAUAGACAUUUUUGCUGACCUGACGGACACUUCAAAACCAAAACAGAAGUCCAAGACAAAGGGAGAGACCAAGUCAAUAUUUGAUGAUGACAUGGAUGACAUCUUUUCCCCAAGCACAGUAAAACCAGUCACGAAGGCUCCCCAUAAAUCAAAGAAAACCCCACCGUCUCAGGAGACCAGUACGGCAGCGGAUUCAAGCAACAUAUUUGACGAUCCACUUAACGCUCUUGGUGGGAACUGAACUGUUGUUUCUGAGUAGCCAGAUUUGUACAAUUGUGGAUUAAGUCUUUUGUCAUUUGGAUCGCUGAAAGUUUGGAGAUCGGAUACACUGUUGAUAGAGUAUUUAUUCAUAUGAAUUCAUAUAAAUACUGGGGCUUAUUUUUGGCAGAUUAAAAACUCAAAUGACAAUUAUUCCAGCCAUCCUCCGGCAGCACUUCCUGAAUCAUCUCGGCAUCAGAUCAUAUUAUGUAACAGUACUGUUAAUCUUUAUUAUACAUGAUAGCACUUUAUAAGCAUACCAUAUGCUUAGCCUCAAAGCCUGCAGAAAUUAACAGUUAAUUGUUUUGUUUGUUUUGAAGAUGUUUAUCCUUUUGGCUUUUUCAUGUUGAGAUUCCAUGCCUUUGGGUUUGUGCCAUAUCAUGCUUAUGAGAAAUCAAUGUGUUUACUUACUGUCUUAGGCAUUUUGACAAUGUUUUUAUUAAUAAGAAAUUCAUCGAUUUCCUAACUUUGGCUGUGAUGAAAAAGGAAAUUCAUUUUUAAUAACUAAACAGAAACAUAUUUUA